UCAACGACGAACGCGCUAAGAAUGAAGUUGUAUGGUUGAACUUCUGGGCCUCGCCCUCGCAGAAGGCUACGAUUGCAGCGGUUGCUAAGAAGUAUGGCAUCUCUCAAAGACUGGCCGGGCUGCUUUGCCCUACAUCGAGAAGGGAGUAUCUGCCACAUCUAGCCAGACUAUGCAGUCCGGUCCCAAACCGCCGGGACUGCAGGACAUCAAUUUCAGCGACGUCGUUCGCGAUCUCUGGCAUUUCUGCUCCGUUGAUUUUGGCGACCGGUACAUCUACGUCGGCUACAACGCUCUCUUCUCUUUACCCGGUGGUGAGAGCAAAGCUGAUAAUAACACCCACAAACCUGACGGCGUGCGCAUCUGGACCUCUUUGCUGAUUUGUGAUGACGGGACGGUAAUAUCGGUCUUUCAGAGGCCCCUCAGACCCGAAGCACAUGAAGUUGCGAGACGGAACGUGCUCAAUGUAUUCGGGCAUGUGUCUUCGCUGCAUGAUAAAGAAGAUGCGCAAACCGCCUUGAUGAAGGUUAGCGUCCGAUCUCAUGAACACUCGGAAACGUCUGGAAAUGGCUUUUCAGAGACAGAAGGCGCGAGUCUUCUGUUCUAUUAUCUGUUCGACGACUGGUGGUCAACGUAUAUGCUGAUCGCACGGAAAGUACAUCCUUACCGAGACACGCUUGAGACUCUGAGACAGAGCAUGUUCGAGGCGGCCAAUCUCGAGCUGAUCAAGCAGGUGCACAACGUCGGACGACAAUUGACCGUGCUCAAACUCAUGUAUCAAAGCUACGAGCUGAUUGUGUCAAGACUGCUCUACCGCCAACGAUCGCCCAGGCAAUCGGACUUCGGGACUCUGGCAACAGUGGAUCAAGGACGGUAUCAUAGUGUUGCUGGUGGCGACCACGCGUCAAGCACACCUGCCACUCACCUGCAGAUGCCGCAGAGUGAGCCCAUGUAUUCUGAUGAAGGAUCUGGGUCGAGCGUCAAGUUGAGCUUGUCCGCGGUGGUUCGGUUUGAAAGAUUGCUCGAUCGGAUCAAAUUGUAUGCAUUGACCGAGAUCGAGGAGUGCUUGAAGGAGAAGGAGUCGCUUGUGUUCAUGAACUUCAACUUGGUAACGCUCAAGGAGUCGCAAGCUGUGGAACGGCUGACUCGCACGACGAUUUUGUUGGCCAAGGCGACCAUCCUGUUUCUCCCAGUCAGCCUGAUGACAGCGUACUUCUCGAUCCAGCUCCCAAAUUCACAUUAUAGUCUCAACAGCCUCAAGACGUACUGGCUGUGUUUCAUGGUUGUCGCAAUCUUGUCUAUCGGGUUUCUGUUCAUGUUUGGGAUCACCACGCAUACUGUCGAGGGUAAGACGAUUUACAGGUCGUUUACCAGAAUGGUGUUGGAUUUCUUUAGCUUUAGAAGAAAACGGAAGACUCAUUGAGCAAAAUUUCCAUCACGAGGUGAUUGUCGACUUUGACCAGGGCAUCAUCUCCCGUUUGGUGCUGUCCCAUUGGUACACGCCACCUUCACCAACAUUGUACCGGUAAUAGUUCUCUGUGCCGGCAGGUAUCAUGGCUCGACGGAAUGUGAUGUUUAUUCGACCUUUGUCGGCUUCGCCACCCUUGCGUUUCGGAAUGCUGUGCAGCCAGUUGGACUGGGUAGGACCACGCAUCAGGACCAUGUCACCGCUGGCGAGGGGGAGUUUGAUGUCUCGAGUUUCCAGUUUUGGUUCGUCUUCUUUGGUCGGUUUGUGCUUCAUGAGAAAGUCUCGUUUGGCUCCUAAUGUGAAAGAGGCAAUGGCUGGGUCGGGGCCGAGGAAACGCUCGUCGUCACUGUGAAAAGAGAUGCUAUCGCUUC